UAUAACAUAUUAUUAUUUAAGAUUUUACGAUAUAGAGAUAGUGCCUGAAAAUGAUAAAAAUUAGAAAUGAUAAAAGAUUUGUAAUUGUAGGUGAUUGAGUAAUUCUAAUCCGGACAUAUACAAGUGAACUUGUCACCCGGAAGAUAAUUAUAUAUUCCCGUUUGCUAGAGCAUAUUCUCACGGUAAAACCGACGACCUCAAAAUAGCGCACACCGAAAUAGUCGUGUGCAUAGUUCUUGCACUCCUAAAGCCAGACACAUCACCAGAAGCCAGUACCUUCAAGUUGCCGGCCCACGACGUACAUUUGGAAUAUGUUCUGGAAUUAGUGACCUAAUUUAUUUGUUGAAAAGAAUGUUGAUCGUCCGAAUUUCGUUUUAAGAUUACCAGAAACGAGUAAUUGCUAAUAUCGCUAAAUAAUUACACUGAUAAUUAUUGAAUGUGUGUUUCAGAAUUAACAACUCUCGUUAAUUCCGUCAAGAAUGGUUCGGCAUAUUUAAUAUAUACUCUUUUUUUAAUUUAUUCUAUAAAAUAUAAAAGAAAAUAUAAAAAUAUAAAAGAUUAAGCAAAUAAAUAUUAUAAUAAUACUACUAUUGUGCAAAGUUACCAUUAAUUUAUAACAGUUGUGAAGCAUUUAAAGUACGAGCCAUGUCGGGGAAUGAAUUGGAACCGGAAAUCGGCGGGUUUUUCCGCUCGAAUUUGUUGGCGGUACGAAAAGCGAUUCACCAGCAGGAGUUCAGAAAAUUUGCCGCCCUCGAGUCGAACGCCGAGAGGGUGGCUUUCGUUCUGAGCUAUCCAGAGGCGCAUCAGCUAUCUUUAAAGGUGGAAGAGCCGAUGGUCAAGAAUAGCGAUAACGCUAUCCGUCUGAAAGACGUCGGGAAUAAAUAUUUUAGUCGUGGAGAAUUUGCUAAAGCUUUAGAGACGUAUUCGAAUGCAGCUCUUCUAGCAUCGCCAGCAGAAUUAAGCGUCAUCGUGGCGAAUCGCUCGGCCACGCUCUACCACUUGGAGCAUCACGAGCACGCGUUGGAGGAUAUCGAGGAAGCCUCGCGUCUCGGUUAUCCGAAGGACCUGUUCUACAAACUCGAGGAGCGACGGGCCAGAUGUUUAUUGGGCCUGAAGAGACACGAUGAGGCGGUGGAAGCAUUUAGACGAGCUCUCCAGGCUCUGGACGACGCCAAGAUACCGUUGGAACGCAAGCAGAAGUUCGAGGCGGACAUCAGGAUGAUGCUCGCGGUGAUGGACAAAGGCAAACGGCUGAACGAAGCCACCUCGAAGAAUCUUCCACGAAUGAACGUGAAAAAGUCCAAUAAGCACUUUGAGGAAAAUCAUAGCAGAUUUAUUUCCGAGAAAAAGAGAAACCCUCUGUAUCCUUCUUGUAGCAGAGCGGUGGAAAUUAAAGACGAGGGCGGUGACAUAGGUAGACACGCCGUGGCGACUAGAGAGAUAGCGCCCGGGGAGAUCAUAAUCGUGGAACGACCGCAUUGCGCCGUUCUAUUGGCGGAGAACAGGCUCACGCACUGUCACUUGUGCUUCGCAAGAAUAUUCGUGCCAACACCGGCGGCUUGUCACGCCUGCAGCUGCGUCGCAUACUGCAGUCGCCGCUGCAGAGACGCGGAUGCUCAGGUGCAUCUGCGGGAAUGCAAACUACUGCCGGCUCUGUGGCACUCGAGGGCUUCUGUGACAUGCUUCCUAGCUUUAAGGGCGAUCAUGCAGAAACCUUUCGAGGAAACGAUGAAGUUUAGGGACCGACUCAAGAAUUCUGAGAAUGUAUCGAAGUUCUCCGCGAAGAAUCCGUAUCUAGGAGAUGAUUACAUAAACUUUUAUAAUUUAGUCACCCACGAAGACAAGAGGUUGCCCGAGGAUCUUUUUCACAGAGCUUACAUGGCAGCCUGGUUGUUCAGAUUGCUGAAAACCGGCGAAUAUUUUCCGGAAAACGUGAAAACUACCGAUUCGGCGGAGAGCAGAUUGUCCGACGAGGAAUUGUUUAUCUCAGAGCUACUCUUGCACAAUUUGCAAUUACUGCAAUUCAAUUCGCACGAGAUUUCUGAGUUGAUCAAACCGAAAGGAGAAACGACGCUCGCCAAAGCCAAGAGUGUUUUCAUAGGCGGUGGAGUUUAUCCUACAGUUGCGAUGUUGAAUCACUCGUGCAAUCCUGGUGUAGUAAGAUACUUCGUCGGUACUACCAUGAUCGUUCGCGCCGUUCGUACAAUUAGUGCGGGUGAAGAAAUUUCGGAAAAUUACGGUCCAAUCUUCACAACCAUGCCCGAAAAUGAUCGCAAGAGAAGAUUGAGAGUGCAAUACUGGUUUAAUUGCAAUUGCGAGGCAUGCUCGGAGCAUUGGCCGCUUCUGGAAGAACUAGAUCCAACGAUACUCAGAUUUAAAUGCGAAACUGGACCUUCCUGCGGUAAUGUAUUGCUGAUUAGAAGUAUUACAAAUGAAUUCAUGAUCGGGUGCGCGAAAUGUGGCAACAGCACAAACAUUCUUAAAGGUUUGAAGGCUCUGCAGGACACAGACGCACUCUUCAAGGUCGCAUGUACGAAUCUCGAGGAAGGCCGAAAUCAGCAGGCGCUGAAAGCUUAUCUGGAGAUCUUGAAACUGCUGGAUGAGACUCUGGCAUUGCCUACUAGAGAUUAUCACAUCUGCCAGCAAGGAGUUAAACUGUGCAUCCUCGCUUUAGGCAACGCAGCUUACGUUUAAUUAUUAUUAUUUAUAACAUGUAAGUUUUAUAAUUCUUUAUUUGCAAAAUUAAAAAUUCUUAUUCUAA